AUGUCAAGUGAGGUAAUGAACGCCAGCAAUGCCAACCUUAGUCAGUAUGCGUUAGGGAACAUCUCAACUACGCCAAUAUUGUCCUACUACGGAGCAGGUGAACUGACUGUUGCAGGAGUUAUUGUCGUGGUGCUCUUUCCAGUUGGUCUUCUGUCUAACUGCUCUUUUCUCUUUGUCGUCCUUUGCAUCCGGUCGAUGCGGACACCUUUUAACACGUUUCUGUCCAAUCUCGCCGUGGCAGAAAUCUCCUUACUAACCUUGGUCCUCGUCAGAACUUUGACUGCCGGUAACAACGAGACAGAGGAGACAUUUUCAGGUAGCAAUGAGACGGAGGAAACUUUUCCUGAAAACACCGACGAGGAUGGGACUUUUCCUAUCAUCGUCUUUGCAAUGAUGGGCGCAUGCUUUGCAUCCAAUCUGUUUGUCACCGUCGCUGCAGCCGAGCGAUAUCUAGCCGUGUGUGCCCCGAUGAAAUACGUCCUGAUCGCCCGCGACCAGCGGCGGGCCGUCAAAAUAAGCCUUGGUGUCUGGUUGGCAGAUGGAAUCUACGUGGCUUUGUUCGCACUAACAGUUCACCUAUUCGACCGGCAGAUCAAAAUAGCCCUUUUUGUUCUGUAUGUUGUCAUCUUUCUGACAAUCCUUGUAGCAGACAGCUUCUUUUACUUGAGUAUUCUCAAGAGGUUGAGGAAGCGCCCUUCGUCGGUCCAUCAAAGGCGCAUCGUGAUCAAGUUGGCCGCCACUGCGUUAGUGAUCUACGCCAAUGCCACGGUGCAUGCCACAUUGAUGAUUACAAUGCACUUAAUACAUACGGAGAUUGGAAGUAGCAUCGUUCGUAAUGUCUUCUUACUUUCCAAGGUUAUGACGUCUACGAUCAGCCCUCUUGUCCAUGGUUUCCUUAGCUUGGACCUUCAUGAGCUCUCGGCGAAAAUCGUUUUCCGCAGUUGUUGUCAAAGAGAGCCUUGA